UUUAAGUUCGACACUUUCUCAAGACAAGACAUACAAAAAUGAAGCUAUUCAUUAUUAUUUCUGUACUAAUCUUUGGAGCCUUGGCACGUCCUCAAGAUCCAGCUGCAGCACAAGCACCCCCAACAGCUCCUCCAGCUCAAUCAGCUCAACAACCAGGACAGUUGAAUCCAUUAGGAAGUUUGGGAUUGUCAACAUUCGGUGGAGCUGCACAAGGUGGAAAUAUGCUUGGACAAGCUUUAGGCAAUGUUGGAACUGGACUUGGACAAACUGCUGGAAUUGCAGGAGGAUCUGCUAUUGGACUAGGAACUGGAAUUUUUGAUAGAUUCAUUCCAGCUAAAUUGUUUGGAUUUUAAAAUAUUUAUUUGAUUUUGUUUU